AUGUCGGUCGAACCUAUCGUCGUGACGCUGGAAACGACCACCGGGGCCCCCAUCUCAUUACCAGUUGUUUUGAAGAAAAUUAUGGAAAUGCCUCCUCCGAAUAUACUGGCCGGUGAUGACGACACUGACAAGGAGAAGCUGGGCUUGGACAGCGAUGUUGACGGAGGAGGCAGCGGGACGGGGCCGUCGGCCGCCCUUACUCCCGCCAUCUGGGAGAAGACGAUUCCCUACGACGGUGAGAACUUCCACUUGGAGUACAUGGACCUAGAAGAGUUCCUCAUGGAGAACGGCAUCGCCGCCUCACCCGAAGAACACGUCGUGGAGGCCAAGACGGAGAAGGAGGACAACCUAGCGGCCGACGCCUCCCUUCUGCCCAUUAAUGAGCUGGACAAGUGCGGCGAAGAGGUGGUGAUCAUCGCGAACAGCGAGACCGACAUCACGUGCGACGUUAGAGCAGAAGAGACAACAGAUGCAGGCGAAGAGACGCCAGACACGGUCGAUCCAGAGGAUAUUCAGGUUGAAAUCAAUUAUGAGCCAGAUCCCACCGACCUGGUCCUGUCCAGCGUACCGGGGGGCGAACUGUUUGAUCCUCGCAAACACAAGUUCAGUGAUGAAGAUCUGAAGCCUCAGCCCAUGAUUAAGAAGGCCAAAAAAGUCUACGUUCCUGAAGAACAGAAGGAUGAGAAGUACUGGCAGAGGCGAAAUAAGAACAACAUGGCCGCCAAACGCUCACGUGACGCCCGCAGGCUAAAGGAGAACCAGAUCACCGUGCGGGCGGCGUUCCUGGAGCGCGAGAACUCCGCGCUGAGGAUGGAAGUGGCCGACUUGCGCAAGGAGUGCAGCCGCUACAAGAACAUCGCGGGAAGCUACGAGGCCAAGUUCGGGAAAUUGUAA